GCAAGGUUGCAAGGUCUCUCAUUUCAGUGGGAGUGUAAAGCAGAAUUGGAGCACUGGAAAGCAUGAAGUGCUAGACAAAGAGGCUUGAAACUAAAAAGUGAAUAGAAGACUGAGUAUAAAGGUCUGUUAAAUUCCAAAUUGUGAAAUUCAGCAAUGAUACACUGUGGAAAAAAACAUAUUUGUGCUGUUGCAUUUUUUCUUAUUUUUGCAAGCUUUUUAAUCUGCUCUUGGAAAGAUCCUCAGCUACGGAAUAACUUCACUAGAAAAAUCUUCCCCCAGGCAACAACUGCCAGUCCAGCAGGUCAGCUUUGUAGGGGAAAACCUGCUCAAAAUGUAAUAACAGCAUUAAAUGAUAACAGAACUUUUAUUAUAUCCCCAUACUUUGAUGACAGAGAAAGCAAAAUCACUCGUGUGAUUGGGAUUGUCCACCAUGAAGAUGUAAAACAACUAUACUGCUGGUUCUGCUGUCAGCCCGAUGGGAAGAUAUAUGUGUCCAAAGCAAAAAUUGAUGUCCACUCGGACAGAUUUGGAUUCCCUUACGGUGCAGCAGAUAUAGUUUGUUUGGAACCCGAAAACUGUGAUCCAACACAUGUAUCGAUUCAUCAGUCUUCAUAUGGAGAUAUUGACCAGCUGCCACGGUUUGAAAUUAAAAAUCGCAAGGCUGAGACCUUCUCUGUUGACUUUACUGUGUGCAUCUCUGCCAUGUUUGGAAAUUACAACAAUGUCCUGCAAUUUAUACAGAGUGUGGAAAUGUACAAGAUUCUUGGGGUACAGAAAGUGGUGAUCUAUAAGAACAGCUGCAGCCAUCUGAUGGAGAAGGUCUUAAAGUUUUAUAUGGAAGAAGGCACUGUAGAGAUAAUUCCCUGGCCCAUCAACUCACACCUCAAGGUUUCUUCUAAAUGGCACUUUUCUAUGGAUGCAAAAGACAUUGGCUACUAUGGACAAAUC